CAAAUCCCGGCAGAACCCUAAAAUUCUUGUCUGCUCCCUCGUCUUUCUUCCUUGUCGAAUCUGAUAUUCCCCUCUCUUUAUCGUGUUCCGUCUCCUUUUCGAAUGGUUCGUUUAAAACGAACGAUGGAGUCGGAGAGGCCUCAUGUUUCCAUUUCCGCUGCUGUACCUUACGUUUACGCGCGUACUCUCUCUCCUUUGUCUUCCGCAGGUGCUGUCCCCAUCCGUGCACCUCUCACCAUUGACGACGACGAUGAGACCAGUGAAGACGACGGUUCCGGUUCUGGAACCGACAAAGAAUUUGGGUAUGCCCCAGACGAUGAAACGGAGAAAGGACACGCCGAUUUGGGCGGGAUUAGGGUUCGUAGGCCAUCUAUGGAAGACCCAGAUGCCGAAAGUGGAGAAAUCAGUGGCUUUGCAGGCAGGAGUAUAGUCUAUACACCAUUUGUAGUCUCUGUAAAUUACUCUUCUUUUGGCGAGGAAAAGAGCGAGAGUAGCAAUGAGGUUGACGGAGUUAGCGAGAGUGAAAUUGGCAGUGAAGCUAAAGCAGCUAGCUUGAAUGCAGGAAUAGCCAUUCCUCGCGUCAGGUUGUCAUUGGAUGAUGAUGAUGAAAUUGAUGAAACAUUGAGUAGUGAAGAUGAAGAUAAUCAAUUACGUGUGGUAAAGCCUCCUGGUUAUUCAGGAGAAGUUGCAGAAGUUAUGGAUGAACUGAACUGCUCUGGUUCCGUUACAGGUGAAUUCAUCAUUUUCACAGAGGAAGAAAAAAUGAUGGGGAUGAACUAUUUAGAUAAUGGUGGUGAUGCAACAGAAGAAAGUGAUGAGUUGCUGGUGGAAAACAAAGGAAACUUUGUCGAGGCAGGUAAGGGGAUAGAUGAAACUGUCAAUCAGGUCAUCGAACAAGUAGCCAUUCAAGGAACUGUCAUCGAAGAAACUGAUCAUAUACCUCUUAGUGGUGCUCCUGAAUCAAAUGCUUUGAUGAUUGCUGUUGAAGGGUCUAUUGGAUUAGGAAGUGGAGACUCCGAAAGUGAAAAAGCUGGAAAUAUGGUAGGGGAGGGGAAGGAUUGUCGGGAAAAUGUUUGUGGUGUUGUUAGUGGAUUAGGAAGACAAGAAUAUGAAGUUGAACCAGAAGAGUCUGAAAAGGACAGAAAGCAAGAUUUAGAGGAGAUUGGAAGGAAGUUGUCACCUUUUGAAGAAAGCUUUAGGAGUUCCCCCCAUAUCAAUAAUCAGGUUGCUUUGGAAUCUGAUAGUGAAGUGAACCAAAUCUCGGUGAAGGUAGAGGAGAGUUCUUUGCUUUCUGAUAAAGAUGAUGAGGUUAUCACUUCUGCGAAUUAUUCUGUAAUCACUGAUGAAGAUAUGGAGAAUGAAACACAAAUAGAACAACUGAUUCACGAUCAAACUCUCGAGGAGUUUGAAGAAACUAAUGGUGGAAAAGAGAAACCAUUUCAUUCUACUCUACUAAGUGUUCCUGAAGAACCAUACCCGGAGCAUUUUACCUGGAAAAUAAGAAAAGAAGAGAAGGAAAGGAUAAAAAAUAUGCAAAUUCUGAAAACAAAGCUCAUGAGAAUUGUCAGAAGAUUAGGUCUUUCAGCUGAUGAUUUAGUUGUUACUGAAGUUUUGUAUGAACUGACUCAAGCUUCUGGAGAAUACCGAACCUCUCGUGGGUUUUAUUCUGAGUACGAUGUAAUGUUGAAGACAAUCAAACUCGAAACAGAGGGUCCAGAGGAUUUGGACUUCUCCAUCAAUAUCCUCGUUCUCGGAAAAAUUGGGGUAGGAAAAAGUGCUACAAUUAAUUCUAUUUUUAGUGAGACUAAAUCUCCGGUUGGUUCAUUCGGGCUUACAACAAAGUCUGUAAAAUACAUAGUUGGGAAAGUUGGAGGUGUUCAGGUCAGAGCUAUUGAUACUCCUGGCCUAAGAUCAUCUGCCACCGAAGAAUGGGUAAACCGAGAGGUACUUCUAUCUGUAAAGAGGUGUUUGAGAACAUUUCCUGUUGACAUUGUCCUAUUUGUAGACCGCUUGGAUGGGCAUUCAGGAAAUACUAGGGACAUUCAACUACUUAGAACUGUUACCAGUUAUUUGGGACCAUCGAUAUGGAGAAAUUCCAUUUUCAUUCUUACCCACGCAGCUACCACUGUUCUUGAUUCUCCAAAUUACAAAGAUUUUGUUACUCAGAGAAGUUUCCUUCUGUGUCAGUCACUCAGACAAGCAGUUCCAGAACUGGCCUCUAUCGAUGUCAGCAUGAUACCGAGAGUUGUUCUGGCGGAGAACGAGAAGUUGUUCCAAGAGACGAAAACCGAUGAGUUCAAAUCCCUUAUGUGGAGAUCACAACUGCUGCUCUUAUGUUGUUCGGCUAAGAUCAUGGCAGAGACAAGUUACUUGCAAAAGGAUGAAACUCUGGUAGAAAAACCGGAUCUUUUUGCUCCCCCACUUCGGUCUUUCACUAUUUUCUUCUCCUUGUGGAAUAUGUUGCUUCAUGGAGCUGAUCCAAGACAAGUUUUUUCUUGUUUACACCACGAUUUUGAGGGGAAGAUAGGACAUUUCUUGGAUUCUGAAACAUUUCUGAUGAACAAAAGACCAGUAGAUGAGGGAAUCAACAAGGGUUUUGAAGUCAGAACAGCUCUUGAUCGUGUUAGAACCCGGAACACCCGGAAAAGAAGACUUGAAUUCCAAGUAAAACCAGGUUCUUUAGUGUUUGGCUUCAUCAGUGUGUCUGAUCAGAAAACAGGGUUGUUCAGUGUGGGAACCAACGAAGAACGAGAAGGGAGGAUGUUGGUGAAGAUGAGAGGCUCCAUGGCAGUUCUUGGAGUUGUUCCUCUGUUGAUGUCUGUGUUCAGUUUUGUUUAUGUCGGAAAAUAAGCAGAAAAACGUAUUUGGAUAGUUUUGUUAUCUGUUUGCUUCUAACUUUGUAGCUUAUGUAUGUAUCCCUCACUUUCGUUGUAGGUUUUACGUAAGGAUUGAAUAAGUAUAUUUUGUAAGUAUAA